AUGAGGGAUCGGCCCGUCAUCAGCAUCGAAAAUUACACCAUAUACUGCGGCGAUGCUGAUGAGGACAAACAAUCCGAUGUGCUAGGAAAAUGGUACUAUGCAGCGGAGCGCACGUCGGACAACGGUGACCGUCUGGUCGACUUGUGCGAACAGACGGUCCUCAUCAUCACUUCCACGUUUAAGAGGAAUCAUCGACGCCAUCAACUCACGUGGCAGGGGUCAACCCUUUUAACGCCCGAAGAGAAGCUUAAGCUUCAGCUCGACUACGUUCUGGCGAAGAACAUUCCUCAUUCAGAUAUCCGAAAAUCUAGAGCUGUUUGCGACGUCGCGUUCGACUCUGACCACCGUUCAGUUCUUCUCAGCUUCAAGAUACGGUUCCAUAAGAGAAACCGAGGAGUUCCUCCUCAACCGAAAAUCGACAUGGCAGGUCUGAAAGACGAUGAAUGCGGAACAAAAUUCCGCCAACGUGUUUCUAUUCAUGUUGGAGUACGGACCAGGAGGAAGCUUAGCGAUGCGGAUUCCUUCACAAAGUGCAUCCAGGAUGCUGCAAGGGAAACGCUCCCGGUUCUAUUGCCGCGGAAGAAGUUUGCCUUUGCAUCUGCGGAAACAAAAUCCACAUACAAUUCUGUAUGUGUCGAGUGCAGCGCUGGUGACUUCAACCAGGAAAGGCGUCUUAGAAGGAAGUGUAAAGACCGCGAUAACGAGUGGAGGUCAAGAGCGAUGGAGUUUGAGAAGGCGUGUUAG